UUGCUUCCGGUACCAUUGCCUUUGCCAGAAGGGACUCGCCUCCCCCUUCCCAUUCCCGGCGCCCGCCCCAACCAACCCUCCCCGAUGGACGCCGUCGCGUUCCCGCCGCCUCCGGCCCCCUUCCUCGACGACGACUUCGAUUUCGGGGACUUCGCUUUCGCACCCGCUGCGCCUCAUCCUGCACCCCCGGCUCCGCAGCCGGCUGCUUUCGCGGCCUUCGACGACGACUGGGGCGACUUUGUGGCGAGCUCCCUCGGAUUCGACCCGGAUGGCCUGUCCGCACCCGCCAUCCCGCCUACGGACGGGAAGUCAGCCGCCGGCGCCUGGCAGAAGCCCCGGGGCCCGCUUCCCCUAUCCCUGUUUGGAGCCGGUGACAAGGAGGAGCAGGAGGAGGAGAAGGAUGAAGUGCCUGUCGGGCCGCCCCCGCACACGUCCAGGGUGCACCAGCGGGCACCGUCGUUCCGAUCCAAAGCCUCGAGCCCUGCAGAUCUCAAGGACCUCAUCGUCGGCCUCUACGGAUCUCAGCCUCCGCCCACCCCCGAAGCACCAGAGCCGGGUGCGCUGGAGGAGGGGGACGAUGACGGGUUUGGAGAUGACGGUUGGGAAUUCAAGGCCGCCCCCUCCUCUGAUGCCGGCCAGGAUGGAGCCGGACAAGCGGACGGGGAUGGAAUUGAGGGUAUGCCAAAAUCAUUGGGCAGUGACCAGAAAGAUUGGUCACUAUUUACUGGUGUCAGUAAUGAACUGAACCGAAACCAGACUACAAAUCAUGAGUCCAGGGGACAGUGUGUGAAGACCUUCAGUUUUUCUCCAGAUAGUUCAUCCAUACUCAGCUUGUACAAAGAAUCUAACUUUGUUGACGCUGUUCACGUUCCUGAAAGUUGUUCUGGAAGUGUACUGAGCUCUUCUGAUAUGUUCUCUAACAAUGAAGUGAACUCUUCGUUUGGAACAGAUGAAAACCACUCCAUUAAAUCAGGAAGCGACAGCAUUUUGGUUGAUUUCUACCAUAAGCUGAGAGAAGAAUCCAUGGCAAUGGUAUUCCGGUAUUAUAACGAUAUUAAGGAGUCCCAGAAGAGUUCUGCACAUUCUGAUGGAAACAAAAAAGAGACAGCAAUCGAAAGGGAGAUCCAGGAAAUCUGGGAGAAACUACGAGAUUCUUCGCUGGCAGAAGGAUUUCAUAUUGAGGAGCAACCUUCGAGGGAUGAGAGUAUUUCUGGACUGCUUAACAGUACCAAAGAGGAACACAUAAAGGAUUUUGAGCAACACUAUCAUUUAGCAGAGAAAAUAGCAGUGGCACAGCAUGACAUGAGUUUGGCAGUCGAACUUUACAAGCAUAGUGUGUCAACCCUACAUACCUUGGGACUAGCAUCCAAAGAGGAGCAAUGCGAUUAUGUUGCCGCAUGGUACAGUAUGUUCCUUUCCUGUGCUCAGGAAUUGCAGCAUGGAGCAGUUCUUUGGCAAGAAUCUUGUCAUCCAAAAGUCAAUGAUCUAGUAAUUUCUGAAGGUGCAAAUUGCUUUGUUGCUCUUGGGGAGAUCUACAGAGUUGCACACCUCUUGCAUUUGUCAUUGCAGUAUUUCAAGCCUUGGGUUCUUGCGGAUCCCGGGAUGUUUAGUAAAAUGUUGGCUUGUUGGGACAGCUGCAUUAAUGCAUGGGCUAGUGGUUUAGAAACAGCUCUUAAAACAGUUGUUGACAGCAAUCACUUAGCUGCAUCUGCUGGUAAAGCUCUUCUGCAGUCCAUCAUCAGUAUUAAUGAACUUGAGGUGGCCAAUUUUCAACAUUGUCUUGCCAACAACGAGUUGACAUGCCGACUAACACUCCUGCCAACAGGUCUUCUACCAGGAGGGAAAGUGGUUGUGUGGAACGGUAAUCACUAUUUUGUUAAAGUUGUCAAUUUGUGGGCAAAUCGGGUAUCUUCCGACCCUCCUCGGUUUUCACUCGGUCAUAUCUCUUCAAUGGACGCCUGCCUUGUUGAGUAACCUGUCAGCAAAUUCGUGAUGUUCUUUUUGGAGGAUGAAACUUGUGAGUAAAUCCAGUGGGAGCAUCACAAGCUCCCUUUACCAAAACUUAUACAUGUGGUUGCCUCUCGGUACAAUAAUAUAGUGUAAAUCAUCUUGUUUAUCUGUGCAACAAGGCGGCUGCUUCUAGAAGAUCAAUCCAUGGAGACUACGUUGCAAUACUGGUCAAAGGCCAUUCUUUUGUACAAGUAAUAUGUUUCACCAUUCUUUCCAUAGAUGCCUGGUAACGGCACUGGUAAAGUGAGCCAAAACGGGUAUUUUUCUACAGUUACCAUGUAUAUUGUACUGUAUUUAAGAGUACACUGAGAGUUCGCAGCCGAAUCAGGAAAGAAUGGCACAAACUUUUGUCAACUCCAAAUUUUGGUACUAUAAACUGAGGGGGAGGUUAUGUUGA